CCAAAGCGUCAGCGAUAGUCAGCAACACUUUGUGGUGGCAGAUCAGCGGGGCGGUUCGCGGGGCCGGACGAACUAGGCUGUGUUUCUUUCGAAAAAGAAGCAGAGAAAGAAAACGCAUCACCUUUUUUAAAGUUACAGCAACUUCAUCGGCCGGUCGUGCUGAUUUCUCCCGCUGGCGGCGGCUGCAGGCAGGAGGAAUCCGGGAAACUUGCGGAACUAAAACAGGGACGGUGCACAAGUAAUCUAUUAGGUGCAUUGUCGGUUUGGCAACGGGAGACGAAAAGGCUACGUUUCCUUGGAGUAACUCUCCUAGUGUUGGAAACUUCCCAGCACAGCAUCGAUCGAGGACCUCCCGCCCACUUUACCUCUGAUCCAUAAUACUGGAAGGGAGAGAGAGAGAGAGAGAGAGAGAGAGAGAGAGAGAGAGAGUUCAGCAGCCGCUGCGGUGAAUGGAGCAACAAAGGCUAGAUGGUUAAACUGAAACAGCCCUUCUGAUGACGACCCAACUCUCAUUUCUCUAAUCUGAGAUUUUCUAAAUCACUUCGACAACUCUGCAGCUGCUUGGAUCUCAUUCUGGGGACCCAGCCAGGUUCUCCUUAGUGCAAACUCUCCGCCGGCCAGCGGAAUCACCGCAGACGCAAAAUUGAUGCUUUGGCACGGAGAACCACCGAUCCUCUAGUUUUGUGAAAGUCUCCUACUGCUCAGUCAGGGAGGUAGACUAGUUUGGACCGAAGUGGGAUUUGCAGAAGUUGCAUGCGUGGUCUUUGUCAUCUCGAGUGAGCCCUGUCCAUCCACUCUCUGGCUAUCAGACAAAAUCCGAAUAUUCGAGGUGCCAUGGCGGUGUGUGUGGGGAUAUGGGCGCUGCUGUUUGCGCUGCACAUUCAAGCUGGCAGUGGACAGAUGGUGCAGAUGGACUCCAGUAAGUCUGGCUUUGUGGGUUCACAAGUGGAGCUGCGCUGCAUUUUCAUCAACAGUAACCCGCCAGUGAAGAUCUCUCAGGUCACCUGGCAGAAGCUGCUUAACGGUACCAAACAGAACGUGGCCAUAGCCAACCCGUCCCUGGGCGUAUCGGUCCUGCCGCCCUUCAAGGAGCGGGUCAGCUUCAAGCAGGCUGCGGUGCGUCAUCGCACGCCAUCGCUGGAGGACACCACCAUCGUAUUCUCUAACCUGCAGCUGUCGGACGAAGCGGCCUACAUCUGCGAGUAUACCACAUUUCCUGCAGGCAACAGAGAGAACAUGGUUAACCUCACUGUGUAUGCCCGGCCUAUGACGCGGAUGACGUUGACGACCCCCACAAUCGUGGCCAGGGCUCAAAAGCGCAAGAUGACUGUGGCAACCUGUGUGGCAGCCAACGGGAAGCCCCCGAGUGUGAUCAAAUGGGAUACCAGGUUGAAAGGUGAAGCCACUUAUCAGGAAACUCGCAACCAAAAUGGGACGGUGACAGUACGGAGCAACUACGUGGUGAUACCGAGCCGCGAGACCCACAAACAGAAGCUCACGUGCAUCGUGACGUACCGAAAUGAGAGGAUCAUGGACAGCGUGGUGCUCAAUGUGCAGUAUGAACCCGAGGUGAAGAUCGAGGGGUUUGAUGGAAACUGGUAUCUGAACCGUCAGAACGUUCAGCUGACCUGCAGGGCUGAUGCUAACCCCCCUGUCACGAUCUACCAGUGGAAACUCUUGAACGGCUCCCUGCCAAAUAAUGUGGAGAUCAAGAACAACACUCUGUUCUUCAAGGGGCCAGUGACCUACGACUUGGCCGGAACGUACGUCUGCGACGCCACCAAUGGCAUUGGGACUCGCCCCGGCAUCGUGGAUGUCAACAUCACAGAGAAGCCAAUGGCACAGGGUCCCCCAGGUGGUGUUAUCGGGAUCCUUGGAGGUGUUGUUGCCAUUGGACUCAUCGUCGGCGUGGCUGUUACUGUUUUCAUGGUCCAUCGGCGGCAGCAGAAGACUCGCACAGAGACAGAUAAUGACCUGACUGACCUCCCACCUGCCCACAAACCAGCUCCUCCUCCACCCAAAAAGAAGAACAAUGACAUGAAGGGACACUUGACAUCUGAUGACAUCCAAGUGGUUCAUCUUGACAAAGAGGAGGAAAUGCAGAAGCUUCCUCUUCAGCCUCCUUAUUAUGACAUGGCGCCCUCCGAGUCCUCCCCCUUCACUGAUAAGCCGGACUCUGGGAGGCAUCCAGAAGAGCUGUUGAACCCGGCUGAAUACAUGAGCUAUCAACGCGCCUGCAACAUGGAACACGUCCCUGAGGCUCAACCCGCUCCUGCUUACCCUCCUGUUACUUUCUUACCUCAGAACCCCUACGCCCAGCACCCAUCUAACGAGCCCAUGUACUCCAACACAAGCUUCCCUGCCCGCGGCCCUCGAGCUCCAUUCACUUUCCCCAAGGAGCAAUCCGUGUGACAUGCCACAUAACUCUUAUCUUGGCAAGAAGCAACUUGAUAGUGCCACUAAAAAAUGCUCUGCUGAACAGAUUUGCAUCCAUCCCUCCAUCUUCUAUCUGUUUAUUCUCUAAACAUAAAAAUACUUGUGGGCUCUACCCUCCUUGCCAAUAUGAAAGUGUCCCUCGGUUCCCUGUGUAUUGUACGUUGCUUGCUCCACUGAAGCUAGAGGACCCCAGUCACCUUGUGAUGUUAGCGUAGUUGCCACAAACUGCCCACUUCCACCAGUCUAGCCUUUACCCCUCACAUGUGCCCACUCAUCCUGUUUGCUUAUGAAUGCUUCCUCACCUUUGUAUAUUUUGCUUUCUGCCAACCGUCUCAUCGUGUACAGAAGAAUAUUUUUUACCUUUCCUUUAUUUGUUGUUUUUUUCUUUAAAUUUUCCACAGUGGUGGUAACCUUUUAUAGCAAAGUGUUUUUUUAUUUUUUUUUCUCCCUAACUUUGUUUGUCUCUCAGUCAAAUGCUUGCUUCUUUGAAAGUCAUAUACUUUUAGUAUGUGUGAACAGGUGUUUUCUGGUGAUAAAAAAAAAAGCAAAUGAAAUGCCAUUUAAUUUUUAAAACAAAUUAUCUAUCUAUAAUGACAUGGACUACCCCGUUUAUUAAAAUAAAUGACAGGGGUGUUAUGCAAAGAUGUGAAUUGGCAGUCUUUUAAUUGAAUCUUUUGGGAUUUUUCAUAAUAGCUUUGCUGUUGUGACGUUUGGCUUCUUUACACUAUUGUAAAAGAAUGUCGUCCAUAUUAGCUAAUAUGAAAAACAAAGGGCUUGAGAUCCAACACUACCUAAUUUCUUCUCAUUCUCCACAUAUUAUUAUCCAUCCAGAGUAUUUUAUUAUUAGUUGCCAAAGACAAAGUGUUAGACAAUUUUUGUUCUUUUGUUUUCAUGCUAGCGUUUACAUCAAAACUCUCUAAUUUGAUGGGAAAUAAUCACACUGUAGUUAAUUGGCAAUGUGCUACACUUUCCCAGUUUACAUUAUCGCUUUACCAUAUGCUGUAUUUUCCAUAUCUUUCUGUGAAAACUUGAGUUCAUUACAGAAGUUAAGGUUUUUUUCUUUGUGGGUCCUUCAUGUUAUCAACUAACAGGAGUUUUUCCUCAAUGCAGGUGUAAUAAGUGAAGACAAUCACAUGCUCGGCUUGUCCUCGGGAAAAUAACCAUUUAGAAGAGUUUCAGUUCGUAGCUAAAGGGAAUGGCUUUUUCAAGGACAGCCCACACAUUUAACGUAUUUAAAUAUUUUUUAAAUAUGAUUUAUACUAAUAUAGCUUAAAGAGUUUCAAAUCAGUCUAAGAAACAGAACUGAAAAAGAAAAGCUUGCAACUGUAUUUUUUUAGAGAAUGCGUAGUUAUAUACAAUAGCACUUAUUUUCAGAGUCCAUUUUACACUGUGACUGUUAAUUUCAGACCAUACAUAAGCUAAAGCGCUUGACGAGCCAAUUUCAGGACGUUGUUUCCUACACACAAGCCCUCCAGACACAGCAAAUUUGCAUAAACUGAAAGUUCACAUUUUUUGCCAUGUCAGAUGUAUGUUUGGAAAAAAAUAAAGAAAAUACUUGUGUUUGUGCUUGAUGUGAAAUAAAAAGAAAUCCUUAAGAUGUUGAAAGGUAAUUUAGUGUUUACUCAUAAUGGUGGUUAAUGGGAUAGAGUAAAACUUGUGAGACUUUCUUCUGUGCUCACCUUGUUGUCUUGCAAUGGCUCAAUAUGUGUGCUAGCGUUUAGUUUAAGCAGUGGUCUCCGAACCACUGAAGGAGUUUGUUAUUACUGUACCUGCUGUGUAAAAAAAGAAAAAUACAAAAAAAAAAAAAAAAAAAAAAAACACUUCUUUGUCUUUUU